AUGGGCUCGGCCAUCGCCGCCGCGUCCUUCCCCCUCGUACAUCCGCGGCUGCUCCACCACCGCCGCAUUCCGUCGCCGCCUCACUCGUGCAAUCCCAACCCCAAAUGCAGUGAAUCUCACCCCUUCACCCGCAGAGACCUCCUCUUCGCCAGCUCUCUCCUCCCCUGGCCUGCCAUCGCUGGUGUCGACGCUGCAGCCGAUGGCGCUCCUGCGCCUCCGGAACCUGCGGCGGCGGCCGCCAUUACUGACCGGGUCUUCAUCGACUUCAGCCUGUGCCCCAGCUACCUCCGAUCGGACCGCACCAUCGGCUCCUCCGACCUUGCCGCCUGCCCCGAUUCGGAACCCCUCGGUCGCGUCGUCUUUGGUCUCUAUGGGAAGCUCCUCCCCAUCACCGUCGCCAACUUCAAGACCAUGUGCACCUCCGAGGCCUACCGUGGAGCUCUGGUCCACAAGGUCCUCCAGGGGGAAUACUUCGCGGCGGGGCGGCAGGGGAGAAGAGAGAAAGGGGAGAUAACCCCCCCACCAGGUCUGGCGCAGAAUACGGAGACAGUCAAACCCGGCUCGUUCAAGCUGAAGCACCUGAGGCCUGGCACCCUCUCUCUGUGCCUCUCGGAGAACGACGACUACGACGAGAUCAAACUGAACCCGAGUUACAGGAACGUGGAGUUCAUGGUCACAACGGGCCCGGGGCCGUGCCCGCAGCUGGACGGCCUUAACAUCGUCUUCGGCACUGUACUCGAAGGUAUGCCGAUUCAAUUCUAUUUCCUAGGAUGAAUUGUAGUGCAUAACUUUAGCCAAUUAAACGUAAGAAAUAGGAGAUCAUCAAUUGAAUUCUCGAUGAUUGUACAUAUUAUCUUUGAAUUAUGGAUCAGUUAGGUAUUCGGUCAAUAAACCAUUGGAAUGUUCGUCGAUUGAGGAUGAAGAUCUAGGAUUCGAUGCACAAACAGUAAGAGGAAAUUCAUAAAUCAUGGCAUGAUUCUUUGCCCUUUUGCUUCAGGGCUCGAUGUUGUGACGAUGAUCGCCAGUAUCCCGACCUACAAACCAGGCGAACGGAUCCGGCAAUUCAACGACUUAGCUGAGUUCCUCGGCGACGACAGGGCCCAGAAUGCUCGAGCGAUGUGGAAUCGGCCCCUGAAGAGCGUCUUCAUCAGCAACUGCGGAGAGUUGCAGGUAACCAAGCCUUCUCUUUCUCCAAGCCUGCCGUGA